GUGGCGUCUGGCCCUGGGCUGAGCCGGGGGUGGGGGCUCGGAGGCCGAGCGCCCGCGGCCGUGGGCAAGCGUCCGUGCGGCCUGGUCCCGGCCAUGUCCGCGUAAGGACGCCUCCGCCGCCGCCGCCGCCGCUGCCCCCAUCCCAGCCUCGGCCCGGCCCGCCGUGCACCAUGGGUUCCAUCCUGAGCCGCCGCAUCGCGGGCGUGGAGGACAUCGACAUCCAGGCGAACUCGGCCUAUCGCUACCCCCCGAAAUCCGGAAACUACUUUGCCUCCCACUUUUUCAUGGGAGGUGAGAAAUUCGACACCCCCCACCCUGAAGGUUACCUCUUUGGAGAGAACAUGGAUCUGAACUUCCUGGGCAAUCGCCCGGUCCAGUUUCCUUACGUCACCCCCGCCCCCCACGAGCCGGUGAAGACACUGAGGAGCCUGGUGAACAUCCGCAAAGACUCCCUCCGGCUCGUGAGGUACAAGGACGGUGCUGACAGCCCCACUGAGGACGGCGAGAAGCCCCGAGUCCUCUACAGCCUGGAGUUCACCUUCGACGCCGACGCCCGGGUGGCCAUCACCAUCUACUGCCAGGCAGUGGAGGAGUUCCUGAAUGGGACGGCUGCGUACACCCCCAAGAGCCCGGCCCUGCAGUCCGAGACUGUCCACUAUAAGCGGGGGGUGAGCCAGCAGUUCUCCCUGCCCUCCUUCAAGAUCGACUUCUCGGAGUGGAAGGACGAUGAGCUGAACUUUGACCUGGACCGGGGCAUGUUUCCAGUGGUCAUCCAGGCCGUGGUGGAUGAGGGGGAUGUUGUGGAAGUGACCGGCCACGCCCACGUGCUCUUGGCCGCCUUUGAAAAGCACGUCGACGGCAGCUUCUCUGUGAAGCCUUUAAAGCAGAAGCAAAUCGUGGACCGGGUCAGCUACCUGCUGCAGGAGAUCUACGGCAUUGAGAACAAGAACAACCAGGAGACAAAGCCCUCAGACGAGGAGAACAGCGACAACAGCAACGAGUGUGUGGUGUGCCUGUCGGACCUACGGGACACGCUGAUCCUGCCCUGCCGCCACCUGUGCCUCUGCAACUCGUGCGCCGACACGCUGCGCUACCAGGCCAGCAACUGCCCCAUCUGCCGGCUGCCUUUCCGGGCCCUUCUGCAGAUCCGGGCAGUGAGGAAGAAGCCAGGAGCCCUGUCCCCCAUCUCCUUCAGCCCUGUUUUGGCCCAGAGCAUGGACCAUGAUGAACAUUCUUGUCCCUUUAAAAAAUCAAAGUCGCACCCUGCCUCACUGGCCAGCAAGAAACCUAAAAGGGAAACAAGCUCCGACAGCAUCCCGCCUGGCUACGAGCCCAUCUCCCUGCUCGAGGCGCUCAACGGCCUUCGGGCCGCCUCCCCAGCCAUCCCCUCGGCCCCCCUUUAUGAAGAGAUCACCUACUCGGGCGUCUCAGACGGCCUGUCCCAGGCCAGUUGUCCACUUGCUGGGAUCGAUCGGAUCAUGGAAAGCGGCCUCCAGAAGGGCAAGCUGAGGAGCAAAUCCCCCGACAGCACCCUGCGGUCCCCGUCAUCCCCCAUCCACGAAGAGGAUGACUCGGAGGCCCCGCCCCCGCCGAGCGGGGCAGGGAUGGCGCUGAGCAGCUCCCCCGAGAGCUUCAUAACGGAGGAGGUUGACGAGACUUCAUCACUAAAGCAAGGGAGCCGAGUGCCGUCUAUCGAGAAUGUCCUGCAGGACGGCAGCCCUGAGCCCUGCAGCCGAGGCCAGCCCAGUGCAGCUGCAGACAUCUACCUGCCAGCCCUGGGGCCCGGCUCCUGCUCUGGUGGUUUAGAGAAGUAAGCUGGAUGGUCCACCUCCAUGGAGACACCCCACAGCCUCCACACCGCCGGGCCCCCCCGGCCUCCACUUGGUGGCCCCAGUCCUGACCCUGGGGCCGCUGAGCUGACCCCACUCUGAGAGCCUGGCCAGGCUGGCAGCAUGGAGCCCUCAGCUCCCCAGACUUGGCCAAGGGGCUGCCCGGACUCCAGCGUGACCCCUGGCCUCUCCAGUCUGCACGCCCUGUGUGGUCACUGGCUCCGAGGAGCCGUGUGACCCUUGAUUGAAGAGCACAGUUGACCUUCCUCUCUGACAACCCCCUUUUUCUACGGUCAAUGUAUUUAUAAAUGGUACAGGAUGAAGGAUGGUGGCUUUCUGUCCUGGGCGCUGAGCUCUGGGGUUCCCCCCAGACGUCCUGUGGGCUGAUCACCCACGCGCAGCCUGGUUGGGCCUCACCCAGCCCCCAAGUCCGUAGGGGGCCCGUCGAUGCCCGAGAACUCAACAGAGUGCAGUCUUCACGGGAAACGUCACAGGGGCCUUGUGGGAGGAAAGGAAGUGGGGUCCGAGUCUCAGUCAGUGAAGGAAACAGUGCCUGUCCCCUCCCCGUGUGCGUGUACCCUCCCCCCUCCCUACGCGGCCCUGCGGGACCACCUCCCACAAGCUUGGCCCCCAACCCCGGGCGGCUGGGCAGUCAGGCCAGGUCUGGGUCUGGCCAUUAACAGCGGUUGUGUCCAGGGUCCCUUCUCUGAGCCCCACACCUUCUCGGAGGCGGCCUAGCCCAUGUCGUCGGACCCUCCAGGUGGGGGUCUCCACUCGGCCGGUGGCGCUGCUGCCCACCUGCCCCGGGAGGGCCUGAGCGGCUUCUCUGCUCCCUCUUCACCAUGUAGAUGCCACUUAGCGUUUCUCUUUGAUUUGUUCUGUCUGGGACUCCUGUGGUGGGACCUGCCAGGGGAUGAGGGUCCCAUCUGAGGUGACCUCAUCUUUUUUUAAAGAUAAACUUUCUGGGUAACAGAAAGGCAGAGGGGACGCUUGGCCUUGGUUCCCCCGGGCGAGAGCUUCCCCAGCAGGACCUUGAGCCCAGUGGGUGGGUCUGCAGCUCCCGGGUGCAGACACUUUCCUGGCAGGUGAGAGAGGGUCCCGCUUCCUGAGGAGCUGCCCUGGGAAGGACGGUUAUGGGGCGGCCGGCUGCACAGCCUGAGGCUCUGUUGAGUGGGGCAGUGGGGAGUGGAUGACUCCUUUUCCCUCCGGUUGAGCCUGUGAACAGAGGCCACGCUUGGGGCAGCCUGCCCCGGCCCCUUGGCUCCCUGCCUCCCCUCCCCUCCCACCCACCAUGUGCUCGUGGGUGCACGCAUGCCGAUGCACACACACACACACGCACACACAGGCAGGGCGGCCGUGUCCCUCUCCUCAGCCCUCUCACGGCCAGCACCCCGGCCUCUCGCCAUCGGUAUUGUGCCAGUAACUCUGAAGGACAGGGUGCAGACUGCCCUGUCUUGUACUUGCGUGUGCUACCAUUUGAUGUACUCUGGCUAGUUUUUGUUCGUUUUUACUGUCUAUUUAUAGUAAUAAAAUCAUGCAGCAAUA